ACCUCUACUUAUCGUUGCCAGGCAACGCGGCGGCGCCCCGAGCCCGUCCCACUUUGGCCGCUUCGGCUGCUUCGGGGAUCGUCGGCGAAGUAAAACCAGUUGUGCCGUUUUCCUCUUCACAACACGCGACGACGUCGCCGAGUGAACAAGCCCCCUUCGCCUCGCAACUUCGCGUGUGUUCACUUCUUCCUGGACAGAAGCCGGUGUCCCGCUUGCCUUUGCUCUUGAGCUUCCUCGCGACUGUGGUAAACAAGUGAAGGAUCGCAAGAUGGUUCUCGUCACGGACCCGGCGUUCGAAGGAGCGGGACAGGAGCCUGGGCUCACCAUCUGGAGAAUCGAGAAGCUAACGGUGAAGCCGGUGGACCCCAAGAUGUACGGCAGCUUCUACUCGGGCGAUUCCUACAUCGUUCUCCACACGAAGAAGGCACGAAGUGGUCGCCUGGAAUGGAACAUUCACUUCUGGCUUGGACGGGACACCAGCAUGGACGAGUACACGGUGGCCGCCAUCAAGAGCGUGGAACUUGACGACUCCCUGGGCGGAAGUCCAGUCCAGCACCGAGAAGUCCAGGACCACGAGUCCGACAUGUUCCUCUCACUUUUCAAGACGGGAGUCAAGUACCUGGACGGCGGCAUUGAGUCCGGUCUGCACGAGCUGGACAAGUCGGUCCACAAGCGUCUCUUCCACCUCAAGGGCAAGCGGAACGUGCGCGUGCGGCAGGUGCCCCUGGCCGCGUCGUCCAUGAACCACGGCGACUGCUUCGUGCUCGACGCCCGGGACCGGGUCUACGUGUACGUGGGACACCGCAGCGGGCGCCUGGAGAGGGUCAAGGGCAUCCAGGUGGCCAACGGGCUGCGCGACGACGUGCACGGCGGCCGCAGCAAGAUCUGCAUCAUCGACGAGAGCAGCUGCGAAGCGGAGGUGAAUGCAUUCUUCGAGGAACUCGGGGCCGGGUCUCCGGCAGACGUCAAAGACGCCGAAGAAGGCGGCGAUGACGUGGAACACGAGCGCUCCGCUGACACGGAGGUGUCUCUUCACAGGAUCUCUGACGCUGAUGGCGAACUCAAAGUGGAGAGGGUUGGAGAGAAGCCCCUGUCACAUACUCUCCUGGACCCCAACGACUGCUUCCUUCUGGACGGCGGUGUCUCGGGUCUUUUCGUCUGGGUGGGCAAAGGAGCAAGUCCCAAGGAACGCAAGGAGUCAAUGAUGCUCGCUCAGAAAUACCUGAAGUACCGCGGCUACCCGGACUGGAGCCAGGUGAGCAGAGUGAUCGGCGGUGCCGAACCACCCCUCUUCAAGCAGUACUUCGCCACCUGGAAGGAACCGGAGCUGUCCAACAUGUUCGGCAGGAAGGGAGCUCUCAACAGGAUCGCAGAAAUGGACAAGACAUUCAGGGUGAGCGACCUCCAUCGGGAGAAGCGUCGCCUUCUGGAGAAGAACCUCGGCCGAUCUAUCGGCUUCAUGCCCGACGACGGCUCCGGAAAGCUCGAGAUCUUCCGCAUCGAGAACUUCGAGUUAGCUCCGGUUGACCCCGCCAUCUAUGGCUUCUUCUUCGGCGGAGACAGCUACAUCGUCAAGUACACGUACAAGAAGGGCUACAGCGACCGUUACGUCAUCUAUUUCUGGCAGGGAAACGAAAGCAGUCAAGACGAGAAGGCUGCAUCCGCCAUCUGGGCUGUCAAGCUGGACAACGACUUGAACGGGCACGCCGUCCAGGUGCGCGUGGUGCAAGGCCACGAGCCCGAGCACUUCCUGCGCAUGUUCAAGGGCCGGAUGAUCAUCUUCAGCGGCGGACACGCCAGCGGCUUCAAGAACCUUCGGGACCACGACACAUACGACGUGGACGGGACGCGCAUGUUCCACGUCAUGGGAACCUCGGACGUCGACGUCCGCGCCGUGCAGGUCGAUGAGGUCGCGGCGUCCCUCAAUUCAGAAGAUGUCUUCGUACUGGAGACACCGAAAUCAACGUUCCUCUGGCUCGGUGAAUUCGCAGAUCCUUCCGAAGUUGCCAUGGGUCACAACGUUGCCAAGCUUGUGUCACCUGAUAGGCAAGCCAAGGAAAUCAAGGAAGGCCAAGAGCCCGACGAGUUCUGGAAGGCCAUCGGCGGUAAGGGCGAGUACAAGAAGGGUCACGUGGAAGAGCACAACCCGCUCCUGGACGCCCGACUCUUCAAGUGCUCCACCGCCACGGGACGACUCGUCGUCCGCGAAAUCUGCAACUUCUCUCAAGAGGACUUGGAUCAGGACGACGUCAUGAUGCUGGACAGUGGGGACGAAAUCUACAUCUGGAUUGGCAAGGGAUCGACCGAAGAGGAGAGAACCAAAUCCCUCGAAGUUGCCAUGGAGUACGUAAAAACGGACCCGACUCAGAGGGACUUGGACAACACUUCAAUCAUCACCGUGAACCAGAACCAAGAACCCGACGCGUUCACGGCACUCUUCGACAAGUGGGACGCCGACCUGUGGAAGAAGGGUCGGUAAGACCGGCUUGCUACGGCCGCUCCCAUCAUUGAUCUUUGCUGACAUGAUCUGAACGUACGUUGGAAUUUCCCUAAUUUCGCAUUUUGGGCUGCACUUCCUAUUUUUUUUUGUGUGUUUUAUUCACGCGCCGAUUUGUUAACGUACUAAGUUACAACAUGUGGUGAUUAUAUUUAACAUGCCAAUUAAAACGAUUUUUACCUUGAAAUUAUCUGGCGAGAUGACGAAGUGGUAGUGUUUCAGUUCGAUCGACGAUGGUUCUUGUCGAGUCACCUUUCAUUGUCAGCUUUCUCGAAAGAUGUAAGGAUUGAUAAAAGUAUUCAGAAUUAUUUAUUUUUAUUGCACGAUAAACAGUGGGGAAGGUUCAAAGGGUUAUUUGAGUAAUUUCAAGUAGUGCUGUGGUAGCAUCUGAACCUUACCAUUGCCGUGGUCCUCCCAGUUUCUGAGUCAAUUAAGAGCGUUGGAUUCCAGGUUGGUAAGUCACCGGUUUCACUUCACUUAAAUAUAGAAACCAGAUUGGAAUGAGAGGCUCGAGGCUGACACACAUGUGCGAAAAAAUAAUAGUAAAUGUUCACGACAUUCGAAACCCAAGAAUGAAGAUUACACACUCACAAUUUUCCUCGAAAUCACGGCUGCUUGACUCUGGUUUUCGGCGGUGGCAUCAUGAUGCAAGUUGGUUCAAGGGUGCACCUAAUCAGAUGCAAUGUUAUAGUAAAAUAUUAUGUUAAUAUUAACUGUCUCUAAAGACUAAUAACGAAACUGAUAUGAUUUGUUAUGGCAAGGCGGACCGUACGUUUAUUAUUUCCAGGCGAUGCAAUAACUUUAAUUAACGUGACGAUCUCUUUGAAGGCUAUAGAAACACUGCGUUCUGUUAUGAUAAUUUUAGGAGUGCAGAGUAGAAAAAUAACACCCGCCUGCUUUCUUUUUCAGAACAUGAAGUCAUACGAGGAUCUUAAGAACGAAGUGACGCGACUUUGAAGAAGGUAAAAGGUCACAUCGUCCAGGCGACGAGGACAGGGUCUUAAGGAACUGACUGCUCGUGAAGCGGGUGAAAGACAAGGAGGCCCUCCAUCUUGGAUGGCAUGCACGCGCUUAGUUUCAAGCUAGCAUUGUUUUAAGACGCACUUUUAUUAUUUGCACGCUAUUUUAUAAUACAAGUACUGUUUUCGAAGACACCUUGAGUGCACAAGUAUAUCAGUGUUUUUUACAAGAAUUGAAGAAAAUGCAGUGUGCCUUUAAUUAAAAUAUUGCAGAGUCGUUUGCAGACCUACGCCAAAAUGCAGUACGAUUUAUGCAGAUUGACAUUCGGUAUUUUAUUUAUUUAUGUCAACCGAAAUAAAUUUGCACGUUGCCCCAUGCAUUGUUUGUUACUGCAAAUAAAAUGCAUCGCUGAGCAAGU